AUCCAUAUUGUCAAGAUGAAGCUGGAUAGCACACCUGGAGCCAUGAGCGGAUGGAGGGAGUUGGACUUUGCCUUGAACUGCACCUACAUUGUGCCGGACCAGGUGUCGGACCCAAGCUUCAACCUGCCCAAAGCCAUGACCUCCAUCCCGCGUAACCUCACCUUCGAGUACAGCACAGACAACGAGGUGACGGGUGUAUUUAGCAAAGAAUACAUUCCUCAGGGGACUCGCUUUGGCCCCCUGCAAGGAGACAUCUACACCAAAGACAAUGUUCCCAAACAGGCCAACAGGAAAUACUUCUGGAGGAUAUACAGCGGUGGGCAACUCCAAAACUUCGUCGACGGCUACGAUGUGCACAGAAGCAACUGGAUGCGCUACGUCAACCCGGCGCGUUCUGCCGCCGAGCAGAACCUGGUGGCAUGUCAAAACGGCAGGGACAUCUACUUUUACACCAUCCGACCCGUGGAGCCCAAUCAGGAGCUGCUGGUGUGGUACAGCCAGGAGUUUGCGCAGAGGCUCUGCAGUCAACAAGUGGACAUCAAACAAAAAUACACAAGUUCUGAGGAAGAACAUGAACCAGAGUACACCAAACAGCACCUACCUCAGCAGACAUGGCUUAAAGAAAGAACAAAAGAAGUGAAAGAGGAGAGGGAUGAGGAUGGAGAGGAGAAGAUCGACGUGGAGAUGUUAGAGCGAGACACACCGCCCGAUACGCCCGAUGACCAAAUCAUGGACUUCAGUAAAAAGGUUGAGAAGGAGGAGCCGAGCGACAGAGAACCAGAAGACCAGGGAAACAUUCCUUCCCCUCAGCCUCAUCACAGAGAGCCCAGCUUGGGUCUCAAUCACCAAUACUUACCUGAUCACCAUCCUUCAAUCCAGUCUUCCCACAGAAGUCUUCCUCUUCACCUGCAUGGCCUCUACGGGCACAGGGAGGGCCUUGUUUCAUCUUACCCUCUGUACCCCCAGUCCAGAUCCCUCCAGCCUCCCUUCCAGCUUCUUCCUCCUUUCAGCUCACACUAUCCUCGCCUCCUUCUCCCGUCCUACUCUCCUCCCUUUCCCGGAAUGCUGCCCUCAAGGGGAUCCCUCCGAUACGGCAGCUAUCUGGGUACAGAUGGUGUCCCAUAUCCACCCAUUGGACAACCCAAUCUUCUCCCAGUGUCCCUCCCCUACCCUCCUUCUUCACAAGGGGGUCUGAAAGAACUCACACCAAAUGUGUCACCGCCACGAGGCGCUCCACUCACCCCAGAGCUCUCUCCCGUCCCCAAGGCCAGUGCUCAGCAUCAGUCGCCUGAGCACUCUCCCUCUGGUUGCGAGGAGGCCAUGAAUCUAAGCCUGGCUACGAUGACCAAAACCAACACAGCACCGCGCAACGGCCCCGGGCACAAAUCCCUGCCCUACCCACUGAAGAAGCAGAACGGAAAGAUCAAGUAUGAAUGUAAUAUCUGCUCCAAGACUUUCGGACAACUCUCAAACCUCAAGGUCCAUCUCCGAGUGCACAGUGGUGAGAGACCGUUCCAGUGUAACCUAUGCAAAAAGAGCUUCACUCAGCUGGCCCACCUCCAGAAACAUCACCUGGUCCACACAGGGGAGAAACCUCAUGAGUGUCAGGUGUGUCACAAACGCUUCAGUAGCACCAGCAACCUGAAAACACACCUUCGCCUCCACUCCGGGGAGAAACCGUAUCAGUGCAAGCUGUGCAACACCAAAUUCACCCAGUACAUCCACCUCAAACUGCACCGCCGCCUCCACAGCAGCCGCGAUCGCCCCUACCGCUGCCAGCUCUGCGCCCAGACCUUCUUCCACCGCUUCUCCCUGCGCAUUCACCAGUGCAGCUGCUGCCUGGCCAACUCAAACGCACCCAUAAACAUGCACAUGAAAGAGAUGGUGGAGAGGUUCGACGCCAGCCAAGAGGCCGACACGCUGACGGAGACGGCUUCGGCUCUGCAGGUGGAGGAAAGUGUGGAGCGCUGGUUGGCCCGUACCUUGGAAGGGGAGGGGAAGGAGGACCAGAAGGAGGCCACCAUACUGCUAAAAGCUCUGACAGCGGCCAUUAAUGCACCAACAAUACAAAUGACCCAAUCAGCUCUACCUUCAUUACACCACAGCCCCUCGCCGUCCUACCAGGAGAGGGCCAGUGUCGUUCAUCUCCACAAACGGCCAACCGUAAAGACAGAAGGACAGUGAGAGCAAACUGAAGGAAGGGAAAAUAAAUCAAAAGGACAUACAGCAUAUCAUCAACCAAGAAAAAACAGACAUCGCCAAAUAAAGCUUCUUUAUUGUCCCUGAAGGACACAAGGGAAACUUGAGCGCAGUACCAAAAUAAGAGCAUUCCAAAGACUGAGCAAGGGUAUUCAGUGAUUGUACUUACUCCCAGUCAAUUUAAAAAAACCAAAACAGGGAGGAUUGUUUUGUCAAACUGUGAAGUAUUAUUACUUUGUUCACUCAGGUAGAGAGAACUUUUUUUGUGCUUUAACUUAUUACCUUUUUUUAAAUUUGAGUUGGCUUUAUUUAUUUAGUUGUAUCAUAGUUUGUCUUUCUGCUUCUUCUUUUUUUCCCCACUCUGCGUUGACAUUUCCGAGGGUGAAUCAUUGGGGAAAACCAAAAAAUGGACUCAGGAAAAAUACACAAACCUGUAGAUGAGUCUUCACUUGUCAUACUGUGUGCAUUGUUGUACUUAGUGUGUUUGAGCUUUUGGGGUGUGUAAUGAGUGGAAGUUCUUAUCGAUAUGACAAAGCACAAACCUCCUCUAUGCUCCUCGCUUAAUGCAACUAUUUUAUUUAUUUAAGUUAAAAAAAAGGGAAAAAAUCAGGUAACUUAAACUGUGUUUUACUAUGAAAUUGCCAAAAUUACGACAGAAGAUCUUAAAUGUGUACAUUAUCGCGGUUUAGGAUUAUUCAUUUCUCAUUCUUACAUUAUAGGCUUAAAAGAUGUUAUGACAAAGCAUUAGCUCAUUUAACUGUAAAGUAUCAAAGAUGCACUGUGCUGGAUAAAACCAAACAACACAAAAAGAAAAUAAAUACCAUGUUUAUUGUAUCCUAGCAUUACAAUGAAAUACGAGGGCUUUUUCUUUCUUUCUUACUGCACUAUGCUACUGUUUUAAUGUGAAAUCUCACAUGCUGAUAAACUAAGUUUUUCACCAAGUAGAUUUUUACAGGAUUCAUAUGUUUUCAUAUUUUCCUACAAAGCUUUACUGUUAAUGUCUGUGAACUGGAGCUGCGUCCAAAAUCCUAGUUUAGACACCAGAACCUCAUAUUCAGCGCCGGACAACAACAAGUAUCAACUACGUUUUCUAUCAUUGUUCAUAUUUUUUUGGUCGAUAGCACUGGAUGAAAUUUUUCUUUAACUAGAUCUGUAUGCUCUCUGUUUGAGCCGAAAACCAGAAGGCAGGAAUUGAUCUUGAAACUACUGAGCCAGUAAUGUACUUAUUUUUUACAUGUUGUAGCUUUUUUUUUCCCUCUUGUAAAUUAUGUUUGUCUUUGUAGUUUAUUUUUCUGAAACAGGUUAUGAGAUGUUAAGAAUUUAUAUGUGAGAGACUAUUUUGAUUAUACUUUUAUAUUCACAUGAUGUAGCAUAUUAAAGAUAUUGUUUCUAC